CCCUUCACCCACCAUGGAGCGCUCUGGGUAUUUCAAUCCUGAGUCUAUGCACGAAAGCCUCUCAAUUUACAGGAGUACAAGGCAAGUACCAGCCAAAUUUGACAUUGCACGCGCAGGGCGGACAGUGGGCGUCAUAACAUUACCAGGCAUCCUGUUUAGCGCUGGCCAGACCAUCAUGGGCAAAAUUGACUUGCGGGAUGCACAGCUCAAUUGCUUCGGUUUCGAACUUUCUCUGGAAUUAUCAGAGACGAUACCAGAAAGCCUUGCAGUCAAGACACCCGAACAGACUUUGUUGUCUACGCGUCGCGUACUCAGCUCGCAGGUCGAGACGACAGCCUUUGCAAAAGAAGCGAUUAUCGAGCUGCCGAUACCUGCACUCGCCUCGCCGAGCUUCCAGACAACAGCAGCCAAGAUA